UAAAUAUCCAGAAUCAAAAUGAUAAUUUACCGGAGCAAAUCGAUGUCAAGAAUCUUACAAAAGCCUUAACACUCCUUUGUUUUUAACACAUCACUCUCACUCUUACCAUUUCCAAACUACUCCAAUGGAGGAGGAGAAUCUUCUUGACACAACAAAACUCAAACGACAACAUACAGAAACCACCGUAACAAACUCACCACUCUCCACCACCACCACCACUGCCAUGACCUCCGUCGAACAUCCUCUAAAAAAGCGAAAGCUCCACGAUUCUCCACCGUCGCAAUCGCCACAACCGGAAACUAGCUCUCACUUUCUGCAAACCCUACCUACUCCGCCGUUGUCUCCAGACGAAAUUCUCGCGAAACGCAGAAACAAAGACGCAAUUCGAAAUCUCUAUGAAGGUUACAAGCGAAUUAAACGUUGCAUCCUUCAGAAACAAUCUUCCUCCAUGCCUGAUCUUGAUCAGAAUUUUCUUGCUCUCAUCGCUUCUUCAAGAGGUUGUACGAGUGUACAAAGAAUUGUGGCCAAUUUAAUUCCUCAAUAUGCUGGUCACUGUCCAACAGCUUUGGAAGCCGCAGCCAAAGUCGUUAUCAAUAUGCAUAACUGGAGUUUGGCAUUGACUAGUAAGGAAGAGGAUUCCAAUGGUAUUGCAUUUGAAACUGCUAAGGCAUGUAUUUUCGGAUUGGCUGAUAUUUGCUGCAUUGCUUCUUCAGUAGCACCAACAUCAGCUGUAAUUAGAGGAAUUCGCUCAACAGUUUUUCAAAAUGUGCUCACCUUUUUUGUUCCCUUAUUUGAGGGAAAUGAUGUCUUAAAGAUGAUUGACAAGAAUUUCCUGAAUAUGCAAGAUAAUCCCGAGGUCUUUUCUGAAUUGAAACAAAAGGUUUUAGAUGAAGAUGAUUCUUCAUUGACUAAAUUGUCUAAGUUCCGUGCAUUAUGUAUACUUAGGGUAUUCUUCUCUUGUCCAAAAGAAUUGCUUGCAGCUUGUUUGGAACUCUUAGGCUCCACCACAAAAGAGGGAUCUUCUAACGAAGGACAGCGUUUUCUGAGCAUGGUGACUAGCAUGCUUAAUUAUGAUGAAGCAGUUCACCUUUUGGGUAGAGCAAAUGAUGGACCUAAAUCAUGUAACGGUUUUAUUGAGGAAGGCAUCAAAGAGAUUGAGGUUGGCGAGAAAGCCGUCACCAAUGACAACCAUAUCUCCGAUGCGAUUCAAAAGAGCUGUUUGCUUAUGCUGGUUCUUAACAAGGACCCCUCACUGCGGAAGUGGACUCUGCGCCGAUGUAAGAAGUUGCUUGACUCGCUCACUAAUGCUUCACCGGAAACUACAUCAGUAUUGCAAGGAAUUCUUGGAAUGUUCGCUCAACAGACAGAGUUAGAAGACUGUCAAGUAGAUAGUGAUGAAGACAAGUCCGAUUCUUCAAUCUUCACGAAUAGAAACUAUGUGAUUCCUAGGAUCUCCGAGGAACUUGAAAAUAUUGGUGAAAGAUCACAAAAAGCAGGUUCGCAUUUUGAUAAUGGAGGGGUAUCAAGGUCUGUGGGCGUUGAGAAAGGUGAUAUACCCCAUGUUAGAUGUUCCACACCUAGGGACUCUGUAAGCCAUCAGAUGUUCUCACCUACAGUUAGAACAGCAGUAGACUUUAGGAGUAAUUCAUUUGAUGGUAGAAAUGAAUUCCCAAAUGUUGAGAAAAAUCAAGUUUCAAAUAUAAAUUUCAAUUCACCUCUGUCGAGGUCCUCUAGUGGAGCUGUCAGCAAUGUUCUGGCGUCUCCCAAUCAUCGUUUUAUGUCACCAAAUUCUUUAACCAAAAGUCAAAUUGUUUUGUGCUUUGACGGGGAUCCUGCUGCUGUAGAUAUUGUUGCUGCUUCUAGGCAGCUAUGGGUAGGUUGUGUGGCACCUGACAUGCCUGAAAGCCAUAUUAGGUUUCAAAUAGAGAGGUUUGGUCCUAUUGAAAAGUUUAUAUUCUUCCCAUCGAAUGGAUUUGCUUUAGUUGAGUACAGAAGGAUAAUGGACGCAAUAAAAGCUCGACACUGUGCACCUGGAAAUUUUCCUUGCCGUGUAAAAUUCAUGGAUGUGGGACUUGGUAGUAGGGGUGCAGUGAAUGGUGUUGCAGUUGGCUCUAGUUCUCAUAUUUAUGUUGGAAAUGUUUCCAGUCAAUGGGCCAAGGAUGAGAUUCUUCAUGAAUCAAGGAAAGUAGUUUAUAAGGGUCCUCUCGCUGUGAUUGAUCUUAGCUUUGAGUGUGCGUUGCUUAUGGAGUUUGAUAGCCCUGAAGAAGCUGCCUCCGUCAUGUUGCAUCUGAGACAGCUCCGAAGAGAAAGAAGUAGUUAUAGCCCACAUUUUGGUCCAGGAACAGUUAAUGUUGUAAGUGGGCAUGGUUAUAUGGAUGGUGCAAGACCUUUGCCCGCCCCUGCUCACCUGGACCUCAAGGUCAGCAACUCUGCUGGAUCACCUCAUGCUCGAGCUUUACAUGGGAGCCCUGCCGACAGCAGUCGAACAAGAAUGUCUCACUUGUGUAACAUACUAGCUUCAUUGCGUGCAAAGUAUAAUAUUAAUCAAAACAUAGGUCUCCAUGAUAACUAUAUGACUGGAAAUAGUUGCGCUUCUUCCACGCGUGAGGAAGAUGUAGUGCCAUCCAACACUCUGUGGAUAACAAUUCCUCAUAGUAGCUCCCAGUUCCUCACAGAUGAUGAGCUAAUGAGUAUUUGCAACCUUGCUAUUGGAAACUCUGGUUCCAUUGCACGGUUGAGACAAGCAAAAAUGCACAUGGGAUGUGGUUGGUUUGUUGAAUGUAGUAAUGUUGACGGAGCAGUUACAAUCUUACAGAAUCUGCGUGGUUGUCCAGGACUGUUUUUCCAAAUAGAAUUCAGCAAUCCAGGGAAUCAGAAUGCUGUUCCAUUUGCAAUUAAACCUGAAAACCGUGCUAUGGAGCUUGUCUCCCCCAGAAUGAAUGCUGAGAAUCGUAGUAGUGGAGGACAUGGCGCACCUCUGUCUCAAUCAAACUGGCACUUCCCUGAUUCAAGAGAGAUACCAGAAGUUGGAGGAAGGAAACCUGAUGGUUAUGAUCAUUUAUCACUAGAUCCUCGUCAAGGAGGAAAUGUUCCACAUGCAUACUCUGGAGCACAUGGACCUUCCAUUCCACCACCACAACAAAUUCAGUCAUCUCCUUUCACCCGCCCUGUUUAUGUUCCUCCAAAUGGCCAAUGGGAUCCCCAUGGAAUAAACAAUCAGUUACCUGUCAAUCAAUACCAAACUGUUGUAAUGCCAAAUAAUUUUAAUGCAAGUCCUUUUAUACCUGUUUCAGUAACUCCACUUGCUCAAAUACAAGGAACUCCAAUGCAACCGUAUAACCAGCAGAUUCCUCCCUCAAUUGUACCACCACCCUUAUCAUCCUUGCCACCUCCUCAGCCUGAAAUGCCACCUCCUCAUCCACAUCCUCCUUCUCAGCCACCUCUACCUGAGACACAACCACCCUUGGUUCCUCCACCUCCUCCACCUGGUUCUCCUCCUCCACCUCCUCCUCCGCUGCCUGUCCAAGAACCAGUCAGUGUGGAAUGUUCGGGGCAGCCGCUGCAGUAUCAGUGGCAGGGAAAUCUCUGUAAAAGUGGAGUUAGCUACUGUACAAUUUAUGCAUGCAGGGCAGAUUCAAAUAUUUGCAGCUAUUCAAAUGUCAUGCCUGAGCCUGCUGAAUGGCCCACCAAAUUAGACAUGACUAAGCGCACAGAUUUUAAACAUGUGCAAUCAACAUUUGCUGCUACUCCAUCUCAUAGAAGGGAAGUGUGCCGUUUAAUCCCAUCUUCCACAAGUGAAGACAGAAGGUUUCAGGAUUUUGUAUCAUAUUUAAAACAGAGGGAUUGUGCUGGAGUUAUAAAAGUCCCAGCUUCAAAAUCCAUAUGGGCAAGGCUGCUAUUUUUACUUCCUCAUUCACUUGAAAUGUGCUCGUUGCUUUCUAUUGCACCCGAUCCAUCUGAUUGCCUGAUUGCUUUGGUUUUACCCAAAGAAACAAACUCUGACUGGUUAUAAUAAUUGUCCAAUCAUAGGGUAAGAUCAUUGAGCAUCACGAAUGUAUGUAAGUAAGGUUUUAUGCUUUUUGCUUGAGAUGUAGGAUUCUUUGUAGAGAGAAGUAAAUACAUAUAACUCAAGAUGCGUAGAGCUGUCAAAAUGGGUUAAUUUGGCCCACCUAGAUUAGCAUAACAUGGAUUUGAAGUUACUAUCACAUAUCAUUUAUAAAUUUUUAAUGAAUUUAAAAUGAUUUGAUAUGUUAUUGAGAUACAUCAAGAGUAACGUUAUUCAAUAUAGAAGUGUUACGCUAUUUUGACAUUUCAAUUACAUCAAAUUAUUUUAGUUUAUGUAAAAUUUUGCUUACAUGAUUCAUGUGAUAGUAACUUUCAAACUAACAGUAAAUUUUGUGGUAUAAAUAUUAGAUAAAAAGUUAUCGACUGAUGUAAAUUAUCCUAGUAUUAUAGUGUAGUUUGGCUUCUCCUUAUAUA